UCCUCGGACAAGCCUUCGGCAAUGCCACGGGGAUGGCGCCGCGGGCGCACCUCGCCAUCUACAAGGUUUGCUUCAAAGGCUGCGCCUACAGCGACACGCUCGCCGCGAUUGACCAGGCUAUCUAUGAUGGCGUCAACAUCAUCUCCAUGUCCAUUGGCGGCAAUGCGACGUAUAGGUAUUACUAUGACGGCAUAGCCCAAGGGUCGCUGGCUGCGUUGUCGCAUGGGAUUAUCACUGUGGCCGCUGCUGGGAAUGAAGGACCGGAGGAGAACACGUUGGCACACGACGCGCCAUUGGUCCUGACUGUCGGGGCAGCAUCUACCGACCGGAGGUGUAGGGCGAUUGUGAAGCUGGGGAACGGAGAGGAGCUAGAGGGCGAGACAGCAUACCAGCUGAGCUCAUUCGACCAGUCGAGAAUGCUGCCGAUCGUGUACCCGGGGGCAAUCGUCUGGAAGAAUGCAUCGGUAUGCUUGAAGGGGUCGCUGGACCACAUCGAUGUGCGGCAGAAGAUAGUGCUGUGCCACCUUAGCAACAAUACCAACGUCGAGAAGGGCGCGGUAGUGUGCGCGGCCGGCGGGGCGGCGAUGGUACUGCUGAACCCGCAGUCGCUGGGUUUCACGACAUUUGCGGACGUGCACGUUCUUCCGGCGGUGCACUUGAGCUACUCGGGUGGGCUAAAUAUUCUAGCCUACUACGACAAGCUGCGAAAUUCUACAGGCGUUAGCACCGCCACUGCAUCAAUCAUCUUCCAAAAGACGACGUAAGGCCACCACCCAUCGCCCGCGGUGGCCAGCUUCUCCUCCCGUGGGCCGCCACCAUCAAACGGAGGGAUUUUAAAGCCCGACGUUCUUGCCCCAGGUGUGAACAUCCUCGCGGCAUGGCCGUUCGCGGUCGGGCCCAAUCCCUCGGCGCUCGUGACGUCAACAUUCAUCUUCGCUAGCGGCACGUCGAUGGCGACCCCUCAUGUGUCCGGCAUUGCCGCGCUGAUCAAGAACAAACACCCAACGUGGCCUCCGGCUUUCAUAAACUCGGCAAUUAUAACGUCAGCAAAGGACGUCGAUCGACCUCAAUGGAAAUCCGAUCACCG